AUGACACUUCUUCUUCCAGAAUAUUACAAAGGCGUAAUCGGUUUGGCAAAAAGUGGACAAUCGCCGAUAGAUUUGAAUGACAAUAUAAUUCGUCGGAAAAGAUAUCCGACUCUUAUUUUAAAUGGUCAUUGGUCAAAUGAAGGAGACGCCAUUUUAGGAAACGACGGAAGUGUCGCUACUGUAAUUCUUGGUGGUAACAGAAUACCAUCCACAAUUACUGGCGGGCCGCUUUUCAACGACGUCUAUGAAUAUUUUAUCUGCAACUUUCGUUGGGGCGAGGAGAACUGCAAUGGCUCGGAACACACCAUUAACGGCACUUGGUUUUCGAUGGAAGCUCAGAUGGUACAUUGGAAUCGAAAGUAUCCAUCAUUCGAUGACUGUUUAAAUCGAAAGGAUGGAAUUUGCAUUAUGUCAUUUUUAUUUUUGGUACCAGUCGGACGAUCGGAAAACAAUCCGCAAUUAGAAAAAAUUACCGAAAAUUUGAAACACGUUACAGAUGCAGGAUCCGAAACAAAUAUUCCGGCCAAUGCAUUAUGCUGGAUGAGAUGGGCAACUCGUUGCGAACGUUAUUAUACUUAUCAAGGAUCGUACAACGAAGGUCCCUGCAGUAUUCUUGGAUAUCCCGAAUGCGUUACUUGGAUUAUUUUUCCAAUGAUGAUUAACAUAAGUCCUUCACAAGUAAACGCUUUUCGAAUGUUGAAGGAUGAUAAUGGUAAUUUUAUUAAAAAUAAUUGCAAACAAAUUCAAUUGUUACGCGGAAGAAGAAUAUUUUUGGUAAUUGAAUUAACAUCAAGUAACGCAUACGAAAAAUAA